CCUAGUCCUGAUAUUAGACAGAUGAACAUUCACCAUUUUGGGUUUCAUAGAGGGUUGGGUUGUUUGGUUUGUGAUGGGAUCAGCAGUUUGCAAGAUGGUAGUAACACUAAGAAGUCUAUUAGUACAUUCAUCAAUGAUGGAAACCAAGGUGCUGUCUUUCAUUCUGAAAUAAUAAUGCAAAGGGUGGCUUGGUCUGCAAUUGUUUUGGAUAGUAUCUUGGAGAUAAAUAUCUAUAGAGGAUUGGCCUAUAGCAUUUUCUUGGGCCAGUUCUGUUUUAGAGCAUCUGUUGCAAAGACUGCUAGGUCUGGAAAUCUUGAGAAAUAA